GCUCAGAGGCUUGCACUGCCCCAAUGGCUCCCGACCCCAGCAGACGCCUCUGGCUGCUGCUGCUGUUGCUCUCCUGCUGCCUCGAGCCUGCCAGACCUGACCGGAAUCACCUGAACCCCCUGAAUCCCCUGAGUCCUCUGGUGUGGCUGUGGUCCACCAAGACCCAUGAUCCGCUCUCCGAGCCCCAGAUCAGUUCACCUGUGGAACCCACAGAGAGCCCCACCACGCACGUGGUCCCCCAGGAUGGCCUCGCAUUACAGCAGAUGGCUCCUGCCAACCCCAAGCUGUCCCCGGAGGAUCAGGAAGCUGGCCAGAGUGGGACCCCGACAACCGCAACCAUCCCCAUCCCCCCGAUGGCCUCUGCCGCGAGCUCAGACAUGAAGGAGGAGAAUGUUGCUGGCGUUGGAGCCAAGAUUCUGAAUGUGGCCCAGGGCAUUCGGAGCUUCGUCCAGCUGUGGGAUGAGAACACAGCUACCGAGAACUCGGCUGGGAUAGAACCCUCAGCUUCCUCCAUCCCUACCAUCCUCCUCACUCCUACUGAGUUCUCCAGCGCCCCCCAGGAGGGUGAGACCACCCUCUGGCUAAGCGGUGGUGUUUCAAGUUCUCCAGAUGUUCAGACAACUGAGCCUGGCACCCUAGCUGUGCCGACCCAGCCACCUCCCUCCCUGAGCAGCCUCCAGGCACCACUGAGAAGACCCUCAGUGCCACCAGCACCCCCAGAGAAUGUUGCUGAGGAGGUGGGGCUGCCACAGCUCCUCGGGGACCCUCUGCCCCGGCAGAUCUCACAAAUCGAUGACCCUCACGUCGGGCCAGCCUACAUGUUUGAACAGGACUCCAGCAGUGGCCAGAUGGCCCAGUACCACUUCCCUAGACUCUACUUCCGUGACUUUUCCCUCCUGUUUCAUAUUCAGCCGGCCACAGAGGCUGCAGGGGUGCUGUUUGCCAUCACAGAUGCUGCACAGGAGGUGGUGUUGCUGGGUGUGAAGCUUUCGGGGGUGCAGGGUGGACACCAAAACAUCUCAUUACUCUACACGGAGCCCAGUGCCAGCCAGACACAGACAGGUGCCAGUUUCCACCUACCUGCAUUUGUUGGCCAGUGGACACAUUUUGCACUCAGCGUGGAAGGAAGCUCUGUGGCUCUCUACAUAGACUGCGAAGAGUUCCAGAGAGUGCAGUUUGCGCGGUCCCCACAGGGUCUGGAGCUGGAGCGUGGCUCUAGCCUCUUUGUGGGCCAAGCUGGAGCAGCUGACCCUGACAAGUUUCAGGGGAAGAUCUCAGAGCUGAAGGUACGACAGAAUCCCCGGGUGAGCCCUGUGCUCUGCCUGGAUGAAGAUGAUGAUGAUGAAGAUAGGGCAUCUGGAGAUUUUGGAAGUGGCUUUGAAGAAAGCAGCAAGCCACCCAGGGAGGAGGAUAUAUCUCUAGCACCCAGGCUCCCCCAGCCACCCCCUGUCACCUCCCCGCCCCUGGCUGGAGGCAGCACCACAGAAGAUUCUAGAACAGAAGAAACAGAAGAAGAAACCGUGGUAGAUUCUAUAGGAGCUGGCACAGAUUCAAGAGGUAAAUGGGAUGAGAGUGUCCAGAACCACGGAGGUGAUUUGAUAAAGGGAGGUCUGAAAGGACAAAAGGGGGAGCCAGGUGCUCCGGGCCUACCUGGCCCAAUUGGUCCCCAAGGUCCUGCAGGCCCAGUGGUACAGAGCCCCAGUGCACAGCCUGUCCCUGGAGCACAAGGACCCCCAGGACCUCAGGGGCCACCAGGGAAGGAUGGCGCUCCAGGAAGGGAUGGUGAACCGGGUGACCCUGGUGAAGACGGGAGGCCGGGUGACACUGGGCCUCAAGGCUUUCCAGGGACCCCAGGAGACAUGGGCCCCAAGGGUGAGAAGGGAGAUCCUGGUGUCGGAGCACGAGGACCUCCAGGGCCACCAGGGCCACCAGGACCCUCCUUCAGACAGGACAAGCUGACCUUCAUUGACAUGGAAGGGUCCGGUUUCAGCGGAGAUCUGGAGAGCCUCAGAGGCCCACGAGGCUUCCCUGGCCCCCCAGGACCCCCUGGUGUCCCAGGACUGCCUGGUGAGCCAGGGCGCUUUGGGGUCAACAGCUCCUAUGCUCCAGGACCUGCAGGCCUUCCUGGUGUGCCUGGAAAGGAAGGGCCUCCUGGAUUCCCUGGUCCCCCGGGACCUCAAGGUCCUCCAGGCAAAGAGGGCCCACCAGGAGUGGCUGGCCAGAAAGGCAAUGCUGGCGAGGUGGGCAUCCCAGGACCCAAGGGGAGCAAAGGAGACCUUGGGCCUGUCGGUGUACCUGGGAAGACUGGCAUGGCUGGACCCCCUGGGCCAACUGGACCCCCAGGACCACCAGGGCCACCAGGGCCACCAGGACCAGGAUUUGCUGCUGGAUUUGAUGAUAUGGAAGGCUCUGGGAUACCCUUCUGGUCAACAGCUCGAAGCACUGAUGGGCUGCAGGGACCUCCAGGGUUGCCAGGACUCAAGGGGGAUCCUGGAGUGAAAGGGCCACCUGGAGCCAAGGGAGAAGUCGGAGCAGACGGAGUCCAGGGCAUUCCUGGCCUCCCAGGAAGAGAGGGUGCAGCUGGGCCCCCGGGACCAAAAGGAGAGAAAGGGACCCAGGGAGAGAAGGGAAACCCAGGAAAAGAUGGAGUGGGGCUGCCAGGCCUCCCUGGCCCCCCAGGACCUCCAGGGCCUGUGCUCUAUGUGUCGAAUGAAGAUAGAGCAGUAGUGGGCACGCCAGGACCUGAGGGCAAGCCAGGGUACGCAGGCUUUCCUGGACCUGCUGGGCCGAAGGGUGACCUGGGUUCCAAAGGCGAGCAGGGUCUUCCAGGACCCAAGGGUGAAAAGGGAGAGCCAGGCGCUAUCUUUGGCCCUGAUGGCAGAGCCCUGGGCCAUGCACAGAAAGGAGCCAAGGGAGAACCAGGCUUCCGAGGACCCCCGGGUCCUUAUGGACGGCCUGGGCACAAGGGUGAAAUGGGCUUCCCUGGACGGCCGGGUCGUCCUGGAACAAAUGGGUUAAAGGGAGAGAAAGGAGAGCCCGGAGAUGCCAGCCUUGGUUUCAGCAUGAGGGGACCACCAGGUCUCCCUGGACCUCCAGGACCCCCGGGUCCUCCCGGGAUGCCCAUCUAUGACAGCAAUGCGUUUGUGGAGUCUGGCCAACCUGGACUACCAGGACAGCAAGGUGUGCAGGGACCUUCAGGACCAAAGGGUGACAAAGGAGAGGUGGGCCCACCUGGGCCUCCAGGGCAGUUCCCCAUCGAUUUCUUCCACCUGGGAGCAGAAAUGAAGGGUGACAAGGGGGACCGAGGAGACACUGGACAGAAAGGAGAGAGGGGAGAACCUGGGGCUGCUGGAGGUGGAUUCUUCAGCUCAAGUGUACCUGGACCACCUGGCCCCCCUGGCUACCCUGGGAUUCCGGGUCCAAAGGGAGAAAGCAUCCAGGGCCCACCUGGCCCUCCUGGUCCUCAGGGACCUCCUGGCAUUGGCUAUGAGGGGCGCCAGGGGCCCCCAGGACCUCCAGGACCUCCAGGACCUCCCUCCUUCCCUGGCCCUCAUAGGCAGACUGUCAGUGUUCCUGGUCCUCCGGGUCCCCCUGGCCCCCCAGGUCCCCCAGGAGCCAUGGGUGCCUCUGCUGGGGUGAGGAUCUGGGCCACAUACCAGACCAUGCUGGAUAAGGUGCGCGAGGUGCCCGAGGGCUGGCUCAUCUUCGUGGCUGAGAGGGAAGAACUCUACGUACGUGUUAGAAAUGGCUUCCGGAAGGUGCUGCUGGAGGCCCGGACACCACUCCCACACAAGACGGGCAACGAGGUAGCAGCUCUGCAGCCCCCACUGGUGCAGCUUCAUGAGGGCAGCCCAUAUACUCGGCGGGAGUACUCAUAUUCCACAGCUCGGCCCUGGAGGGCAGAUGACAUCCUGGCCAACCCACCACAGCCUUACCCCGGAGUCCCACACCACCACAGCUCCUAUGUGCACCUGCCGCCAGCUCACCCCACAGGCUCGCCUACUCACACUCACCAUGACUUCCAGCCAGUGCUCCACCUGGUGGCACUGAACAGCCCACUGUCAGGUGGCAUGCGUGGCAUCCGUGGGGCCGAUUUCCAGUGCUUCCAGCAGGCCCGAGCCGUAGGCCUGGCUGGCACCUUCCGUGCCUUCUUAUCCUCUAGGCUGCAGGACCUCUACAGUAUUGUGCGUCGUGCUGACCGUGGGACUGUGCCCAUCGUUAACCUCAAGGACGAGGUGCUAUCUCCCAGCUGGGACGCUUUAUUUUCUGGCUCCCAGGGUCAACUGCAGCCUGGGGCCCGCAUCUUUUCUUUUGAUGGCAGAGAUGUCCUGAGACACCCAGCCUGGCCUCAGAAGAGCGUGUGGCAUGGCUCAGACCCCGGCGGGCGCAGGUUGAUGGAGAGCUACUGUGAAACAUGGCGGACGGAGGCGACAGGGGCUAUAGGUCAGGCCUCCUCCCUGCUGUCAGGCAGGCUGCUAGAACAGAGAACUGCGAGCUGCCACAACACCUACAUCGUCCUGUGCAUUGAGAAUAGUUUCAUGACCUCUUUCUCCAAGUAGGGCCUCUGCCGGCUAGAAUGGUGCAGAGGUGGCACGAAGGACGGACACAGUGCAGGGAGCAUCUGGUCAGCGCCCAGGGCCUGGCUGGGAUACGGUCCUGUAUAGUUCACAUUUUAUGUAAUCCUCAAGAAAUAAAAGGAAGCCAAAGAGUAUAUUUUUUUAAACAUUUAAAAUAGACUUCCUGCCCUUCCUCUCCCACUUGAACUGGCAGUCUGUAUCACAGAUCUUCCAGCAUGCUUGGUGGAGCUCUGUGGUGAAGUCAGGCCAUAGCAGGGUCUCAGUAGGAGGCUGCUGCCCUAGCGUUGUUGCCUAAGACCUGGCAUCUUUCUGUGUACAGACCCUUCAAAACGCAGUCACAUGUGAGUGCUGGUGACAGAACCUGGGACAGCACAGAGCAGCUGGGUCUCCUCUUUCAUCACCCAGUGACUGCCAGUAGUAUAGGCAGGUACCUGCUCACCAGGCAGUAACUGGGGCCACCCAUGCUGAUUAAUGGAAGCCACCUUUCUGCCUCCCCCUACUUUCCAGCAAGAGCACUCCCUGCCAGUACUCACUGUGACCCCCAGAUCUGAAUCCUGUUCCCUGUCACCAGAGAACAGGAGUGUGGUCAGACUUAGUCCAUGUGCUCCUUUUGCUGGGGGCCAGACGUAACAUGGGGCUUGUCUCUUAGACUGGUCUCCCUAGUGAUCCAUGAGAUCCCAUCCAGAGCAGAAACCAAACCCAACCAAGCCCAAGAGCCCAGUUCUGACAGCACCCUGUCCUUGCUCACCAACCUGCAGUCCACGAAUCUCACAGUGGCUGCACAAACACUCGUCCUAUGGAGGAGGGACGUGUAUGCUCAGGGCACAAGUGGCCCAUCAUAGCCACUAUGCCUGUCUCAGGCUCUGCUGCCCAAGGAUCGGGACAAAUCCAGUGGGGCUAGUUCUGUGACUCUUGUGUGAUAUGAAGCCAUUUCAAAGAGGCACCAAAUAAAAGUGACCUUUCAUACAGA